GAGGAUGCAGCGGCUCCCUAAAGCUCGGCGGAGGCAAGCCGAAGCAGGACAGCAGGGAAGCGACCGGCGCAGGAGACCCAACGCCGCGAGGAUCCCACGGGAGGAGCCAACGGUCGCCAAUCGGCCUCGCAGAGCUCCGAAGGAAGACGGCUGUCCCGGGGAUCACAAAGAGGACUAGAAGCCCGGCGCGCGGUGCGGUGUCUCUGCUUGUACGGAGCGGACGUGGUGGGAACGAGGCGGAGGACGCGGACUCAGCCCCGGCGAAGACCCUUUCUAUCCAAAAGCGGAGCGAUCGGGCGAGCCAGGAGGUGGCGGCAGCGCCGGCGCUGGGGAGACCAUGAAUCGGGACCCCGCGAGGACGGAGAGGGGGGCCACGUUGACGCGAAAGGAAUUGGUACGCUGACCUAAGCGGAAAGAGGGAUGGCUUUGCGUCGUCGUGGGCGCUCCGCAAUGGGAUUCCUCGCGUUUCAAGAGCAUCUCCUCUUGCUGCUCUGCGCAAACUUCUUCCCUGCAUUCAGCCAUGUCGAAACUCGAGCCCAUGCAGAGGAGCGUCUCUUGAAGAAACUCUUCUCUGGAUACAACAAGUGGUCUCGGCCAGUGGCCAAUAUUUCGGAUGUGGUCAUUGUGCGCUUUGGAUUGUCCAUUGCACAGCUGAUCGAUGUCGAUGAAAAAAACCAAAUGAUGACCACUAAUGUGUGGGUGAAACAAGAGUGGCAUGAUUAUAAACUACGCUGGGAUCCUGAGGAAUACGAAAAUGUGACAUCCAUACGAAUUCCCUCUGAGCUCAUUUGGAGGCCAGACAUUGUUCUCUACAACAAUGCAGAUGGGGAUUUUGCUGUCACCCACCUCACCAAAGCCCACCUCUUCUAUGAUGGACGGAUCAAAUGGAUGCCUCCAGCCAUCUACAAAAGCUCCUGCAGCAUUGACGUCACCUUCUUUCCCUUCGACCAGCAGAACUGCACCAUGAAGUUUGGCUCAUGGACUUAUGACAAGGCCAAGAUCGAUUUGGAGAGCAUGCACCGCCAUGUGGACCAGCUGGACUAUUGGGAGAGUGGAGAAUGGGUGAUCAUCAAUGCCGUAGGCAACUAUAACAUCAAGAAGUAUGAGUGCUGCUCAGAGAUCUACCCUGACAUCACCUAUUCCUUCAUCAUCAGGCGUCUCCCUCUCUUCUACACCAUCAACUUGAUCAUCCCUUGUCUGCUGAUCUCUUGCUUGACUGUCUUGGUCUUCUAUCUGCCUUCAGAGUGUGGGGAGAAGAUCACUCUUUGCAUCUCAGUCCUCUUGUCCUUAACUGUCUUCCUCCUCCUUAUCACCGAGAUCAUCCCCUCUACCUCAUUGGUUAUCCCCUUGAUUGGGGAGUACUUGCUCUUCACAAUGAUCUUUGUCACCUUGUCCAUCAUUAUCACAGUCUUUGUGCUCAAUGUCCACCACCGCUCUCCUCGCACCCACACCAUGCCAGACUGGGUGAGGAAAGUUUUCCUGGAUGUCGUCCCACGCCUUCUCUUCAUGAAGCGCCCUUCAACAGUGAAGGACAACUGCAAGAAGCUCAUUGAGUCCAUGCACAAGAUAGCCAACUCUCAGCGUUUUUGGUCCGAGACUGAAGUGGAACCCAACUUCACUAACUCGUCAUCCAACAGCCCUCAGAGCAAUGAGCCAUCUCCCACAUCUUCUUUCUGUGCCCAUCUCAAUGACCAAGUAAAGCCACAGCCGGUUUGCAAGUCACCAUUGGGCCAGUAUUCCAUGUUGCACCCAGAGCUAAUUCGGGCUAGUUGUACAUCACUCCAACCUCCCUGUCACCCACUGGGAGACUCUCAGUCCAGCUCAAUCUCCAAAAGCAGGUCACUAAGUGUCCAGCAGAUGUACAGCAGUCCAGGGAAAGCAGAGGAAGGAACCAUACGUUGUCGCUCUAGGAGCAUCCAAUAUUGCUACUUGCAAGAGGAGUCGUCCCAGACCAAUGGGCAAUCCAGUGGGUCCCCAGCCUCCCAGCGCUGCCACCUCAAUGAGGAGCAGGCCAAAGCCAAACCCACUCACUGUAAAUGCAAAUGUAAAAAACCCGAGUUAGCUGGCACAUCAGGGCAAGGGAGCAAGACUCUUGGCAUGAAAGACCAGCAGCUUUUGCUGAUGUCACCUGCCUUGAAGUUGGCUGUGGAGGGUGUCCACUAUAUUGCAGACCACUUGAGAGCAGAAGAUGCAGAUUUUUCAGUGAAGGAGGACUGGAAGUACGUGGCAAUGGUCAUUGACAGGAUCUUCCUCUGGAUGUUCAUCAUUGUCUGCUUGCUGGGGACUGUAGGACUUUUCCUCCCACCUUGGCUGGCGGGAAUGAUCUAGGAACAAAACGUCUCUAAAAAGGAAUCAACAGAUUCUAGUCCACCUGGAAGGGGCAAAACUGAACACUGGAGCGGUUGCCAUGAAUGAUUUACUGUAAUGUAGUUCACAUUAACAGUUCCCGGAAGCUCCGGGGAUGCCUUCCAAGGUUGCAUCACCUGCCUAAGCCAUCUUCAUCUUCUAUAUCGCUUUGGGGGUGGGGAGGUGGGAGGGGAGGGGCUGGUCAAUUCAAGUUUAUACAUAGCAUGACGGCAUUUGUUGUCGUAUAUACUCCUGAGAACACAGCCGUGUUCCUUUAAAGCAAGUGCAAAGAGAGGCACUUAACAUACAGACUCAAUUCCUGGCAAGUUCAAUUGAGAAGUUAAGCACUGGCUGGGUGUUGAGCCAAAGCUCUUCAGAACCAAAGUGGUCUGAAUUAAGGGUUUUGUUGAGGCAUAUUAUUUGCACAACAGGCAAAGAGAGGUGGAAGUUAAGAGGACAGAUUUUUGUUGGAGGAAUGCCUAGGCAGAAACGGGAAAAAAAAUCCAAAAUCAAGUUUUCCUGAUCCUCAGACUUCAGCUUCAUAAUGAAGCUGAGCAUACUCCAGAAAAGACAUGUUGCAUUUGGCCACUGAUGGACUGUGCGGCUUGGCGGGCUCAUCUGUGAGCGACCCGUAUGAUCAGAAGGGACUCCUUGCACAGCUUUUGCUGGGCCAUAUAUCAGGCUGCAGGCAGAGAAAUCACACCUUUAAAUACUUCCUAUACAUGUAAAACAGCCAUGUCUGGAAGAAGGCUAAGCUUGAACUCUUCUUCCUGACUUUCCAGGGAGCUUUUUGUAUUGCAGGAAUGUCCAGAUCCUUCAUUUGCAGUCUGAAAGGGAACAGCCCAACAAAACCUGCAGCAUGCCAUUCUUGAGAUCGGGAUCAUCGGCUUUCUGCUCUCUGAGACAAAGUCAAUUGGAGACGCAGCUGAUGUUCAGAGCCCCACGAAACUACAGGGUUCCCAAUAACUGGAGUUGGAGCUUCACAAGGUCACAAGACACUUCCCUCUGUUGUGCCAAGAAGUGGGAAGCCCUUUCCCCCAACACAGUGUUGGCUGCUCUGUUGGAUUGCGGCUAAAGUAGUUAGUGGCAGCAUCCCCUAUAACUGUGUUUACAAAAGCAUUUGCUGCAUUGGUUCCAAAGAAAGACUUGGAGGAUCCAACAUGGUACUGGCAAUGUCUUUUACUGGUACAGCAGCCUUGUAACAGUAGCAGGCACUUGAAUUGAAAAGAUCACUUCUUCAUGGCGAAAAAAGAACUUAUGUGGCAUGAAACUGUGAUACUCUGCCAACAAAGUGGAUCAAAGGCAUCAGGUGCAUCAUUCUGCAUCUAAUAUGUAAUGCCCCAUUCCUUCCAUUUGUUUUCAAAGUAUCAGACAUAAUUUGCAUAAUAUAUUCCACUUGUACAAUUCACAUUUGCUAGUAAUAUGAUGUGGAUCGUACCCCUGCCCCCACAGUUCAGCGCAAAUAUGGAAAGGGACAUCUCUCUAUUAAGAGUCAGGGACAGGGCUAUCAAUGGCUACUAGCCAUGAUGGCUGUGCUCUGCCACCCUAGUCUGAGGCAGCAUGUUUUUGAAAAUCAGUUGCCAGAAGCCUCAGGAGGGGAGAGUGUUCUUGCACUCAGGUCCUGCUUGCGGGCUUCCCCCAGGCACCUGGUUGGCCACUGUGAGAACAGGAUGCUGGACUAGAUGGGCCACUGGCCUGAUCCAGCAGGCUCUUCUAAUGUUCUUAUGUUCUUAAGAGUCCUUAGCUAUGAAGAUACCACUUCAGCUCUUGGGACAAGCAGUAUUUAAUGGGUGGAUCCAGGUGAAGGGGUGUAUGCACCUACAUAAUCUACUGUUCACCACUGUUACGUUUUCAGUGAUGGCAAAAGGGAUGAAAUUUCAGUGCUGACAUUUGUGGCUUGAUCCUUUUUGGUAGAUCUGCUUGUGAGUCUUACAGUUCUCAUCCACACAAAGCUCAGUCCAUACCUGUUUGGUCUUUCCCUGAGGAUGUGAACUCAGGUCAGCUCUUCAACUUGUCAAAUUAUAUAAGCAAUGUGGAAAGGAGAAUCUUUGAAAGAGAGAUAGGAAUCCAAGGCUGACUCUACCAGACUUUUAUUCCCCAUGAGUCUGGGCUAAAACUUUCUCGAUUAAGAGAAGCAAUUGUUGACGCUUCAU